AUGUCUGUGGCUCGGCUAUCCACUGAGGACGACGAUCGGGAGUCCAAAAAGGCCUAUAAGGAAGCCUCACCGAUGCUGGGCUUCUCGGACGAAGAUAAGAUCGGAACCAUCCAACCCCAUAACGAUGCUCUGAUAGUCACACUCAGAAUUGGAGGAUAUGAUGUGAAGAAAGUGCUAGUAGAUCAGGGCAGUGCUGUGGAAGUAAUGUAUCUCAACCUGUACAAGGGGCUGAACUUAAAACCCGAGGACCUAACGACGUACGAUUCCCCUCUAGUAAGUUUCGAGGGAAAGACCGUUACUCUAAGAGGCCAGAUUAGACUGCCCAUACAAAUUGGUUCGGACGUAGUGGAGGUGGAUUUCAUUGUAGUUGACGUUUAUUCACCCUACAUAGCUAUUGUGGCUAGACCAUGGCUUCAUGCCCUAGGAGCUGUCUCUUCUACCCUGCACCAGAAGGUGAAGUACUCGUCGGAGGGCCAAGUUAAAGAUAUUGUAGGGAAUCAGACUAUGACCAGAUAG